AUGGGCAAUGUAAAUUCGAGACCUUCUGAAGAAGUGUUAGCAACACUAUCAAGUAAAAGUCGGAAAAGAUACAAUCAAUCCUAUACAAAUUACUUUGAAUCCAAAUCAGUUGCGACUGACAAAUAUUCUCCCAGAGGCUCUAUCAUUAGCAUCAAGAAAGAAAAGAGCAAACGCUCUUCAGCUUCAGAAGACUCAUCAGUACUGGAUGCGGCUGCCUCCUUGCUGUCAUCAUCCCCACCAUCUCCCUUGAACACAGCACCGGAAUAUACGAUCCCCAUUGAAUACGAGAUCAAGAAUGGCAGACGGUACAUGAUUUCACCCGUGAAUCGGUUCUAUUUGCCAUGCGAUGACGAGGAAGCCGACCGCAUUGUGGUUCUUCAUUUCUGCAUCAAAUACGGCUUUAAUGGCAACAUUGUUGCUCCAGUGAUUCAAUCGCUUCGUGUAAAGCCAAAUCAGAAUGACAAAUAUUUAACCCGAGUACUUGAUGUGGGUUGCGGUCCAGGCACCUGGAUUCUGGAAAUGGCAAGUGAAUUCCCAUUUACAGAAUUUCAUGGCAUUGAUAUUCGUACCAUGUUUCCAACCACCAUCAAGCCUUCCAACGCCAAAUUCAUCCAACACAACUUUUUGCAGUCCAAUCUACCUUACGAAGACAACUCAUUUGAGUUUGUUCGUAUGCGACUCAUGCUUGUGUUCAUCACGGAACAGGAGUUUUUUCAUCUCUUGUCAGAGAUUCGCAGAAUAUUGAAACCAGAUGGCUAUUUCGAAAUUUUGGAUUGUGAAUAUCAAAUUCAUCGACCUGGUGUUCUAUGCGACAAAAUUCUCAAUAGACAAAUACCACAGAGUCUACACAAAAGGCUGGGUACAAUCGACCAUAUGCCUAGCCACUAUGUAUCCACCGCAUUGACUUUGCAUGGAGGAUUUGUCAAUGUACAUCAGCGUCGCAUUCAUAUACCUAUCGGAUGGGGUGGUCAGCUGGGAGAAGUCCAUGCUCAAAACCUGCAGAACUACCUGCUAUCAAUUCAUCCAGACAUCAAACAGGAUCUUUCUGUGGCCAAUGGCAGCGACGUCGAUAUCGACGAUCUAUUGAUAGAAGCUAUCAAGGAAUGCACUGUGCGACAAUCCCAUGUGUAUUGGUUUGCUUGUUAUGGUCAAAAGCCUGCUGUCAGUAACCUAAUUCCAAUCACACUCAAUACCCCUAUGACUACCACCACCACCACUGUAGCCGCCACAAAUAUGCUCACACCUAUAUCAUCACCCAGCUCAUCAUGUAUUAAUUUAAAAGAAUCGAUGGAUAUCUCAACGGAUGCUGUUGCUGCUGCUGUUGCUGCUGCUACCACUGCUCCUACCUGUUGGGAUUCCAUUUAUGAUUUCGUAGAUGGUUACGUCGAUUGA